UUUUCCAUGAAAUUUAAAAAUUUUUCAUAAUAUUUUCAAGACAAUUUAAAAUAACAUUCUGUAAUUAGAUACUUAGCAUGACAAUGGAAGAAAACGAGAUUCUUUGCAUUCCUAACUAUAAGAUGAAUCAACCUACAUCUCCAUUAUCAAAAAAAAAUAGACAUAAAUAUUGCAGAAACAGCUUAAUGAAUUCUGCUCAUAGUCCUUAUCCUAAAUCCAAAUAUCAAAUUAAUAAUGAUUCUGCGUAUCAAUCUUACAAUACGGAUAUAUCAUUUAAUCUAAACAACCUAUCAUUUACCCAUGAAAAUAAAUUAAUUAGGCAUUCCUCUCCUCACAUAAAAAAUUGUGAACCACAUUAUUUUGAUCAUCCAAUUUAUCAACUUAACUCUGAAAACGAUGAUAUUAAUAUGAUUCGAUCACCAAUUUAUCCUCACUCGUCAGCAAAGGAUAUUAACUUAUCAACGUUAAAAUCAAACUCAUUAUUUACAACCAUUUGUGAUAAAACACAACAUGAAAUCAGUUUUAGUGACAAUACAUCCAAUAAUUCCGACAAAGAUGAAUGUUUAGUUUCACCCCCUCGAUUAUCUUUCAAUAAUUUACACCUAUUUGACAAACCACAAACUCCUUUUAAAUCAAUGAAAAAUUUAAAACGGAAAUACCACUAUUCAUCUAUAGAAAAAAACCCUAUUCAGAAUGGGUUAACACAGAGUACACCACAAACUGACAAAAAGAGAUUUUUACCUGAGUCCCCUAAUAAUUUAUUGGAAAAUUCCUUAUCAAAAGAAUCACUUCAUAAACAAAUUGUAUGGAUGAGAGAGAGCCAAGCAGCUAGAUAUUUAGAAGAAUUUGUUGAACUAACAUGUUUAGGCUCAGGGCAUUUUGGCCAUGUUUAUAAAUGUAUCAAUAGAUUAGAUGGCUGUCACUAUGCCAUUAAAAAGUCUAAAACACCACUUUCUAACCCCAUCAAUGAAUAUACUGCAAUAAAGGAAGUUUGUGCUCAUGCCAUCCUGGGUAAUCAUCCUCACAUAGUUAGGUACUUUUCAGCCUGGGCAGAAGAGGGCAUAGUAUUUAUUCAAAAUGAAUAUUGUAAUGGUGGAACAUUGGCAGAUAUCAACAAGAAAAACAUAUCCCUUAAUACUCAAAUACCCGAAGAGGAUCUCAAAGUUAUCCUAAUACAUGUGGGGAAAGGUCUAAAAUACUUUCAUGCACUCAAACUUGCCCACCUAGAUAUAAAACCAAGCAAUAUUUUCGUUACCAAGUGUACCCCAUCCACUUUCUACAACAACUCUGAUGAAGGUUUUGAAAGUGACGAUGAAAAACAUGAUGCGGUAGUUUACAAGAUUGGUGAUUUAGGCCUGGUGACAUCUCUUACAGAACCAGAAGUGGAAGAAGGAGAUUGUAGGUAUCUGCCCAUCGAAAUUUUGCAAGAGGAUUAUUCGGACAUAACCAAAGCGGAUAUAUUUUCCCUUGGAAUAUCGCUUUAUGAAGCUGCUAGCAACACCCCCUUACCACCCAACGGGGAUGAAUGGCAGAGAUUGAGGAAUGGUGAGAUACCAUUCUUAACCCCUUAUUCAAAGGAGCUCAAUAUACUUAUUCAAGACAUGUUACGUCCACUGGCCAAAGAUAGGCCAUCGGCUAAUUUGCUCAUCAGACAUCCCACCCUUUGCCCCCUAUCCAACAAAACCAAGGUCGAACUGAAAAAGGAACUCAACGCCGAAAGAUUCAAGAACCAAAUAUUAAUAAAGAAAUUAGAAGCGGCAGAAUCUGAGAACAUGUCCUAUAAAAGACAUUGUCAGAGCUUGGAGAGUUACGAUAGAACAAAGGGCAUCGUUUUACCCACAUUGGCUAUUAAUCCCAAGAAAUUGGUAAUAGGGAUCGGAGUGAAAAGGAGUCUAAGCGUUAAAGAUUUUUAAAUACCAUAUAUAUUUUUUAUUUGUCCAUAUAUAUUGAUAUAAAAAAAAAUAUAUAAUGUAAACAGUGAA